CCCGCAUGUUUCCCCAAGCAGUGCUUGCUCUAUGGGGUGGCCGGCCCAAGAGGACCAGCAGAGUUCAGGGCGUUUUGUGAUGAUUUCCAGUGCGCCACGUGUCCUGUGCUAAUUCACUGUUUGUGGUCCACGCUGGAAUGAUUUGGCUCCUCAGGUCAUCGAGUACGUGAGCCCCCAAGUCGGAGGCAUAUCAUUGUUAGGCCUGCGACGGCCCAACGGAACCCGGUUUGUUUAUUACAACGUUCUCAGGCACCUGAUGACCACGGGCGCAGCGUUGGACCAUAUUUGCUUGGGGAGUGGAAUGAGCACAAUCACAUCGAUGGAUAAUUACCUAGAAACAGUGUCUCGUGAAGCCUACAGUGUUGUUCCUGGCAAGGCCGCAAGUCUAUCCUGCGACGCAGUCGACAAGGCCCUCGCCAGCACGCGUAAGUUUUUACAGGAUGUUCUGUCAGUAAUGAACGGCAAGAUUCAGUUAUUCUGUUUCAAAGGCAUAUUGUUUUCAGCGUUGCAUCUGCAGUUGCAGGUGACCUACCACUACCUGCGGUGCGCCGCCUACCCGAGUCACUGUCACAGUGCGACGAGACUGUGGAUCGGUAUCGCGGCCGCGACGCUGUCCUCGGGAUUGAUGCUAUUCCAGGUCGUGGUGACGGCCAAGCGGGCGUGGGACGUUUUGACUGUGUGGCAACGCUGCAAGAAGUUUGUGGUACCAGUUGCAGAGGACUUCAUCCAGAAGGGCAGCCACGAGCAACCCGAGAGGUGCGCGACCGCCAUCAGCGAAAUAGACGGGCUGCAGCACGAGCUGAGGCCGCGGCUGGCGGCCCUCUUCGUCCUGUCCUGCAUGCUGGUCAUGCUCUUCUCCUUGGCCGUGUCCAAGAUGACUAUGGACCAGUUCGUGUGCGAGGACCACAUCUGGAAUUUCCGACUGAACUACUGGAGCGGCUGCGUCUCUUUCAGCGCGUGGAGCAACCGCAGCUCGCUGUGAGCGCCGCUCCGCUCGAGGGAGGCGGCCCCGGCACCGCGCGAGGCGCCCAGGCCCCUCGGCGAGCCUCGCGCAGCAGUCCUGUUUUUGCAUGUAGCGGCCUUGCUGGUCCGCAGGGCCCGAGCAAGAGCUACAACCAGCACCCGACAUCGAUCGCGGAUGCCGGCGUUUCCACCCUCUCCCCAGCGAGAAGCCCCGUAUAGGGUGCCGUCCCAUGGGUAGAGUGGCCGCCAGCCGCGCCGCCGACUCGCGGCGACUCGCGGGGCGCUGCCGGCGGGGCUGGUGGCUGCGCGCCCGGCGAUGGGGCCCCCGCGCCGGGCUGGGGCCCCGCGCCUCGUCUCGGUCUCACAGCGGCGACGCGUCAGAGCGCUCUUUCGGGUCGCUCUGGCAUGUAGCCGGCUCACAGCCGCCGCGCGCGGCUGCCAGCCCCUUGCGCAAGCGCCCGCGGCGUCGCGGCGCUCUGGAGCCCGCCCUCGGGGGCAGCAUGUCUUCUGCUUGGCCCCUCUUUGUCCUCGUCGCGCUUCUCAUCCCCCUG